CUCUGCGUCGUUCCCAGAGAAGAUGAUGAUGUCCCCGUGGGACCGGUGGUCCUCCACAAGCUGCUGCCUGUGCUGCCAUGUCCGCACAGGAACCAUCAUCCUGGGGGUCUGGUACAUGCUCAUCAAUGCCGUGGUGUUACUCAUCCUGCUCACGGCACUCAGUGAUCCUGAGCAGUACCACCUGGCCAGCGCUGAGUUAGCCAAUGACCUGGAUGUCAUGGAUGAUGCCAACAUGUGCAUUGCCUCGGCCAUCUCUCUGCUGAUGAUCCUUAUAUGUGGAAUGGCAACAUACGGAGCAUUCAAGCUCCGUGCCGCAUGGCUCAUCCCUUUCUUCUGCUACCAGAUAUUUGACUUUGCUCUCAACACCUUGGUGGCUGUCAGCAUUGUGGUUUACCCAAACACCAUCCAAGACUACCUACAGCAGCUGCCUGAUAAUUUCCCCUAUAAAGAGGAGGUGGCCUCGCUCAGUAACGUCUGCCUGGUCCUGAUAGUGUUGCUCUUCAUUGGCUGUAUUCUUGGCUUCAAGGCAUAUCUGAUUGCGUGUGUAUGGAACUGCUACAGAUAUGUGAGCGGCAGAGGUGGCUCUGAAAUCCUGCUCUAUGUUACAACCAAUGACACCAUGGUGUUGCUGCUUCCUUAUGACGAUAAUGCCAGCGUCCCUCCUAAGCAGCAGGCUCCUCCAGCGUACACCUCUGCUGCAGCAUGAAUACCCCCACACACCCCCUACAGCAAAGUGUAUGCACCAUACUGCUGCUCAACACAACAUGAUCCAUAUUCUGUAGCCACACACACACACACACACACACACACACACACACACACACACACACACACACACACACACACACACACACACACACACACACACACACACACAAAACCACCACUGUGACCUCUGACCCCACCUAUCUCUCGUCAGUGUUUGGUAAUAACUUUCCAGAAGUCUGAUGCGUCGGUGAGUCACCCAAUGAGGACUCUAGGAAGUUUGAUAGAUGAAAUAUAGUUGUCUGAAUGUGUGUGUGUGUGUCCUUAUGAAUGGGAUGUUUGAAGAGAUUAACAUGGUCCCAAGGUCUGUGUAAACAUUAGGCCGAUCCACCAGAUGCUCUUACCGGAUGGAAACAAAAUGUCCUGAAAUUCCAAGCUGAUGACCACUGCUUUAUGGAAAGCAAAGAUGUGAAAUUUGUCUAUUAAAAUGUACUUACACUGACAAAUGUGUGUUUUGUGGUGAAGGUUGAGCUGGUGUAAAAAGGCUGCUUCUGAGAGAUGGCUGAAGGUGGAUUUCACCCUCUCAGGCUCAAAAUAAGUUUUGAUAAAAGGAUGAACAACUAAGUCCUUCAGGGGUACUCCUGAGUUAAAAAAUGCUCAUGAAAUACGUAUGUGGAGUAAUCAGGAGCCUCAUUUAUCAAGCGUGAUUACGCACAAAACAGGGUCGGAAAACUGCGUAAGCAACUUUCCACGCAAACUUUGGGAUUUAUGAAAGAAAACUUAGCGGAAAAUUGUGCGCAACUUUAAGUUGACUAAGGACCUUGCUUAGGCACAUUUUGGACAUGGAGAGCACCUGCAGUGCUGCUGCUGAGAAAGAUAUAAUUAUGAAAUUCUGCAACAUUAUCACUUGUACUGCUUCGUUUUCACACAGAACAAGACCCUCCACACGCACAUGCACACACACACACACACACACACACACACACACACACACACACACACACACACACACACACACACACACACACACACACACACACACACACACAGCCUGAAGCGCAGAAUAUGGAAUGCAGAAUAUCAGCAGGGGGACAGAUUGAGACAGAAUGUCAUGCUUCUGUGACAGUGUGUGUCCUGUCACUGUGGCCCGAUUGAUCAUGCGCCCGGCUAGUUGGACAAGGGAGAUCUCCGUUUGGCUGACUGGUUAGCGCACAUGACUUUCACCUGGGAGUCUAGGGAUCGAAUCCCAAUUGGACCCUUUUUUUUAUAUCUGCCACAGAUCUCUGAAGAAUUUACAACAUUGACUGCUUCAGCAACGCUGUGCCACUUCGUGGAUUUUGUCUUAUUUGUUUUGCAAAUGUACUUCCUUUCAUUUCUCCACCUCACCCACAAGUACCUCAAUUUCUGCUUGUGAAAUUGCGCUUCCUUGAUCUGCCUUGAUCUACGGUUGCCAUCGUCAUUGGCAGAGCGUUGCAACAGCCGGCUUAUGUAUAUGUAUGAGAUCCACAAGGCACUUUGCAUUGACUGUUUAUGGCAGUAAGUGGGCGUGGUGAGGGCGGAUGUGACUAAAAUGCAGCUGAGAACCAUUCUAGAUAGUUUCUGAUUCAUGAAGUGGAGAUUGCGUGCAGCUGUGCGUACUCCAUGUUUGAUAGAUCACAAACCUACUUGGCGUAAGUACAUUUUUUUUUGCUGAGCUUAAGUACGGUUUUAGUAAGGAUUCUACGCAAUGUUUGAUAAAUGAGACCCCAGGUAGGUAGGUUUUAACAUUGCUAAUCUGCAACGCCUGCCUCCAGAGGGUUAACGGAAACACAUUCAUCAGGUGUUCAUCUACAACUGAUCAGAUUUGGAGUCAAUUUAUAACAUCUGAUUUUUGCAGACGAUGUGAGAGACAUAAUAAGAUACCUUUCGUCAAACAUUUUGACAGGUCUAUUGUUCUUUGACCUUUUUGACCUUUCAGUCCUAUUGUUCAUUUUGACCCUUGACCUUGCUCCCCUUUCCUAUCAUUAAUCAAAUGGACAGGUGUAUUGUUCAAUCUUUGCCCCCCCUUACGUAUCAUUAAUCAAAUGGACAUGUGUAUUGUUGAUCGUCCAGAUGGCCUAGACCCCCCACGCCGCAUCAUCAAUGGCGUAUUGUUGAGUGUCCAGAUGUCCAUGAUCCCCCACGUCAUAGGCUAAUGUGUGUAAUGGCGCGU